AAGCUAAGAAGGCCAAGGAUGAAUAGGUUUUGGGUGUUCUCGCUUUGUCUGGUGCUGGUGAGUGUUUCUCUGAGCGCUGCUCGCGACUUUACAUUCACAUUGAAACUGGGAGCAGGCCGCUCAGAGUGUUUCUACGACUACAUCCAUGAGGGGGCCUUCCUCGAGAUUGAGUACCAGGUGAUAGAGGGUGGUGACCUGGACAUCAACUUUAUGGUGACUGACCCCAAUAAGAAGUCUAUGGUGAUGGAGCCUCACAGUAUGGAUGGUCUCCAUGGAAUCGACAUUAAAAUCACUGGGGAGUACGAGAUAUGUCUGGAUAACUCUUUCUCCAGAAUGACAGAUAAGUUGGUGUUCUUUGAUGUGAUUAUUGAGGAUGAUUCGGGUGAGACUGAGCCCCCUGAGGAGAAGAUACCCUACCAGCUCACCAAGGAGGGUGUCUAUAUGGACAUGAAGACCAAGGACCUCAUGGAAAAACUUGAUGGAAUUGGCAAGAAGCUCUCGAAGGUUGUUCAAACUCAGAACUACUUCCAAGCUCGUGAGUCUAGACACAGACACACCUCCGACAGCAACCACACUCGAGUGCAAUGGUGGUCUCUACUGGAGUGCUCUUUCAUGGUCAGUAUUGGUGUUCUGCAAGUGUUCCUCAUAAGAAGCCUGUUCAAGACUACCAGGAAAGACAAGAUUAGGACAUGAUUGCUCGCUAGAUUUACACUCAUCUUUGAAUUACAUAAAUCUGUAAUAUUCUUGAAAUCAAGUUCAUUGUUUCUCUUC